GGCCACGCCGGAGCCGUCAUGAUCCCGCCCGCGGACUCGCUGCUCCAUUACGAGACGCCGGUGCUGGUGAGCCGCAACACCGACAAGCGGUCACCCAAGGCCCGGCCGCUGAAGGCCAGCCCUCAGUUGGUGCUGCCCGCAGGGCCCAUCCCUCCCAGCAAGGGCAAGGUGCCGUCGCCCACCGUCGAUCCCAGCAAGCAAGCGGAGGAAAUCCUCAAUGCCAUUUUGCCGCCUAGAGAAUGGGUGGAGGAAAACCAGCUGUGGAUCCAGCAGGUGUCGAGCACCCCCAGCACACGCAUGGAUGUGGUGCAUCUGCAGGAGCAGCUGGACCUCAAGCUCCAGCAGCGCCAAGCCCGGGAGACAGGCAUCUGCCCUGUGCGGCGGGAGCUCUACUCGCAGUGCUUCGAUGAGCUGAUACGGCAGGUGACCAUCAACUGUGCCGAGCGGGGGCUCCUGCUGCUGCGUGUGCGGGAUGAAAUCCGGAUGACAAUAGCAGCCUACCAAACCCUGUAUGAGAGCAGCGUUGCCUUUGGCAUGCGGAAGGCGCUACAGGCUGAGCAGGGAAAGUCUGAUAUGGAAAGAAGAAUUGCAGAGUUAGAGGAUGAGAAGAGAGAUUUGGAGAGGCAAGUAAAUGAGCAGAAGGCCAAGUGUGAAGCCAUUGAAAAACGGGAGCUUGAAAGGCGGCAGGUGGAGGAGAAGAAGCACAGUGAGGAAGUCCAGUUCCUUAAGCGAACCAAUCAGCAGCUGAAGGCCCAGCUUGAAGGCAUCAUUGCUCCGAAGAAGUAGACCUUUCCAUCAUCUCUCAAGCAAGAAUUCAUCUGCUUUGGGCCUUGUCUCCCACUUUACAAUG